AUGGAUGAAAAUAGCAGAGAUAUGGCUGUUGAUUUAGGGAUGGGUGAUGGUGAUGCUGAUAAAAAGUUUUUCGUUGAGCUAAUGACACCACAGAAGUGGUUAGACGACAAACACAUCAACGCUGGUAUGUCUUUAUUAAGAAGAAGAUUAUCAAAGGUCCCAUGCCCAUUUCGAAACAAGAACUUCUCAGAAAAUCCAGAAGAAUUUGCUUGGAGUGCAUAUCGCUUAUUGAUGACAAAGACAUGUUUGAAUUUGUCAAACCAUAUGCCAAAGGCCUUGACUUUCCCACUUGACGAAGGCGCAACCGUCGCCCAGUACAAUAUCAAGAAGUGUAACAAAGUUCCACAUAAUUUACAAUCAGGGGAUUGUGGAAUAUAUGCGUUGAAGUAUAUUGAAUGUCUUGCAUUGGAUUUUGAUAUGCAAGUUGGUCUCUGUGACUCUAACAUGAAGAGCAUACGGAAGAAAUUAGCAGCAGAAGUAUUUGCUGGAGCAGACCAUUCUGGAGGGCUUUGA